AUGGCGUCCAAUGUGAAUGACGAAGAAACAUUCCAAUGCUCGAAAUGCGACCAAUAUUUGAACUGGACAUCGAAGACAUUGCCCUGUCUUCAUUCUUUCUGCGAGUCGUGUGUUCUUGAAGGAAAUGGCCUGUGUCCCCAGUGCCAAAAGCCUGUGACCGGUGACGAUUUGAGACUGGCACCAUUUUUGGUGAAGUCUUUGAGGCGCCGAGAACUGGAAUCCAGCGAAUGGAGGUGCGACUGGUGCUUUGAAGACGGCAUGGAAUCGUCCGGCCAGAUUUGGUGCCACGAAUGCGUGAAACUCUUGUGCCAGAAUUGUAACAGAGGUCACAAGAAGUCGCAACGGACGCACCACUGGGAAGACUUGUCAGGCAAAGAGAGGGUGGAGGCCAUCCGGCUCAUCACGACGGACGACUGUCGACGGCACCGCCAAUCCAAGGACGCCUUCUGUCAGCGGUGCAACGUCUGCCUGUGUGAUUCCUGUUACAAGGAUCACGUGACCGCCUCCCCUCAGUGUCCGCCUCGUCCGCUGUCGGUGAGGGAGGAGGCGUCGAAGGGGAAGGAGGAGGGCGGCCCCACCCUGGAGCGGGAACUCCUCCAAUUCGAAAUCCAGAUCCGGUCGACGUACGCGCAGACGUCUCGAUCCAUUGAGCAACUAACAACAGAUUCCGAAUCCGAAUGCUUAAAACUCUGUCAGGAUUUCGAGACAUUCGUGAAAGAGGCACGGCUCAAGUUGGCAGAGCUGUGCGAUAAUAUGAAAGUGAUGGCGUCCGAACUAGAGAGAAAAUGGCGCCGCUCCCUCAAAGAGAGAGAAGACCUUUUGAAGAAGGUGACGAUCUGGCGCCACACCUUGCGACAUUUGUUGACGGACGAUGCCGACGAUGCGGACGUCGUCUGUGGAUUGAGGUUGGUAAGAGCUGAGCUUUCUGCGCGGCUCCACCAAUCGUUUGCUCCACCCGAGAAAGGACGUUGGCUUGUGACAUUUCCGAAAUGGUGUCACGACUCCCUAGACUCACUGAGGAAAGAAAUGAUCGAGUGGGCGGCAGAGACAUCCGGGCAUUUACAGAUGAAAAGUGAAUGCCGUCUGCAAGAAUCGAACCCGCUGGAUCUUUCAUCCAUCGUCGCCGGCGACGAAGACAGUCGUAUCUUUGUUGGUGAUUGGAGCAGCGGGUCGAUCCAAGAAUUCAGUGACCGUGGGGAAUUCGUCGGCCAAUGUCCCUUAACGGACGGGGGAAAGGAAUUCUACCCCCGGGACAUGUGUCGCGUUUCAAAAGACAUUUUGGCUGUCUGUGGUUGGCAGUCUGAGGGAUUUGUUUGUCUUUGUUCUUUCUUUCUUUUUCUUUCUUUCUCUUUCUUUUUCUCCCCUUUUUCUUUUUCUACCUUUCUCUGUUUCUUUUUUUCUUCCUUUUCUUUUGAGGAGUCCAAGGGAAAUAACUCUACUUAG